CUCAAAUAUGUACCGCGUAGUCUUCUUAGGUAGAAGAAUAUCAAGCUCGGAAAGAAAGAUACAAGCACUUACUCGUUCUCUGAAUCUCUCGCUAUUUGCAGUAAGUGUCACGCGGGUCAACGCGGGUUUGUCGGAGUAAUCUUGCGAUCUGCGCCUCGGCACGCGUUCGCUUUACCUCUUUUUCUUCGUCUCUCAUUCCUCUCUCUUCGUCCUCUUCGCCAGUCGUGUCUCUCUCUCUCUCUCUCUCUCUCCUGCUCUCGACGAUCGCCCUUUCUCUAUAGGGAACCGGCUUCGUUUCGCUCUUUUUCUCCCCCAUCGCCUCGCGCACGCGUACAUGUAUAUGCGCGCGCUCGCGUGCGUGUGAGUGGGUGGAUGGGUGAGUGCGUGGAUCGCGGCGGUGAAUUGGUGAACGUACGGAGAACUCUCGUAGUCUGCGCUCGUCGGCGCUCGUUCCUCUUCAGUGCGUGCCUUACGCGGCUACCGUCGACUACCGAGGCUCUCGUUAUAGAACGGUUACGUGGCAUUACUCUUUCGGUGCGUCGAUUCGGAAGGAAGAAAUAAUUGUCGGGCCAGAAGAGACGAGCUAGAAAGAAUCGGGACGGGCGGUGAGUCCUAGAAGAAAAAGAGAGAGAUAGAGAGAGAGAGAGAGAGAGCAAAGUGUGUAAAGAAAACUUGACGGACGAGAAGCGAAGGGGAGCGAAAGAGAAAGAGAGAUGAGAGCGGGGAGGGAGAGGGUUGAACGGAACACGUGAGUGGGAAGGAGAGAACGGGCGAGAUAGAGAGAGAGAAAGAAAGAAAGACGCUAGCGAUCACGUCUUUCAAAACGGAAUCUUCGGCGAAGGGGACGUGCAUCUCUCGCGAGUGCGUCCACGCGAGUACGUCGAACUCUCGCCUCUCCGCGCGUAGAUACGUUUCGAUUACCUACGAGAAAGAAAGCGCCGUGUUGUAGGUGGCUUCUCCUCGGAGAAGAAUCUUUCAUGCGAGACACAUCGCGAAGUUGGCCGCGCGACAAUCCAGUGUCGUGUGAAACUCUCGUCGCGCCUUGUCGAUCCGCGCUCGAUCGAUCCGCGCGCGCUUCGAUUCUCGACGCGACUCGAAACAGGAUUUAUCAUGUCCGCUGAACGAUCCAAAACGCUUUGUCGCGAGCCAAAUUGAGCUGUGCCGCCUACGAUGAGUCACGCCGCCCGUUAAUCCAGGUGACUGCUGGAGAUCGAGGUAAACGCGAGGGCGCGGAAGAAGGUGCGAAGCCGCGAGAUCAAUGAGCGUAUGCGCACACGUACGUGCGAUCGAGUUUUCGCGCGGCAUUCGCGGGUGUCGUCGUCGGUGUUCGCACACCUGGCGGCAGGUAUGCCAUUGAGGAAUCCGGAGCGGACUGCGCGACGAAAGAUCGCGUCCACCGGUGCAUUGCGACGACGUUGAAUCCGCAAAAUCGUCCCGCAGUUAACGACGAUUGACGAGCGCGUGAUGCGAUCGACGAGAUAAGUCGCAGGUAGAGCGCGUCGUCGAAGCGAGCGAUCCGGGUGGCAAUAUUUUUAGGCGGUCGUCGAACGGUACGCGCCGGCCGGCGCGGACGCUCCGGGGCGACCUGUGACGGAGGAAAGAAAGAGAGAAGGAAGAAGGAAUAUCCCGAGGAGGAAUCUUCGCUACGCGAGAGAGAUACGAGGAGUCACGGAGAGGAGGGUUGGAGGGGAGGAAGAGGGGCCACGUCGGCGAACAGGAUUUCGAAAGCGGUCUCGGGAGGAGGCGAAGGCAGAGUCCAACAAAAGGAAAAAAAGAGGAGUGGAGAGAAGAAGGCGCGAGUCGUCGCAAAAUGGCGUCUAACGAAGACGGCGAUCUGAUCGAUCUUGGGAACGAUGCGUGCGUGCCGCGCGUCACCGUGGACGACCCGUCGACGCCCGAGGAACAAGAACACCUGCUCGACGUGUGCCCGCCGAAAUUGGAGCAAAAGCUCUCGCUCACCAAGCGGCAGGAGCGAGUGCUCGAGGGCGGCGACAAGGGAGAUAUCUUGGUGACCCUGGGCCACGAUCAAGUAGUGCCGAUCCGCAAGAGAAUCGACGUCGUCUCGUCGGACACGAUCAAGCGAGUUCGCGACAUUACUCGGAACUUGGAGCCGGUGAUACGCAAAACCUGUUCGGGUAUCAAUGAGGAGAUGCAGCAGGACACGGUGGACCACGCGUCCUCGGAUAACGAGAAGAGGAGAAUUUCGAGACACGAGGACGAGACGUACGAGACACGAGAGAUAAGCAACGCUUUCAACUUCCUCACCGAGCACGACGACAACGAGGAUCAAGCGGGAGCCGGCGCCCGGCCGAGAAAUGAGAUCGACCGUGCCGCAUCCUCGGCGCGUACCCUCACCGAGAAGGAUGUGAUACGUUACACCUUCGAGUCGUCAUCCAGAAUAUCGAACGAACAAGCGGCUGGAAGUCGCUGCGCGGACGGCAGGAAAGACGUCGCGAACGAUGGUGGUGUCGUUCAACCGACGGACAAUCUGGCCUCCUUCGAGUCUUCGUCGAACUCGAGCGGGUCCCGCCAGAACGGUCAAGUAAGCGACAAAUCCGUAUCUAUCGAGACGGAGGCCCGCGCGAGAGCCGGUCUCAAGAGACGCGGCCAGGAAGACGUAGCGUUCGAGCGCGUAGCCAAGAGGCGUUCCUCGCGAGAUAAAUCGCACCGUAAAUCGUGGACGGAAGGGACGAGCUUAAAUUCCGCUCUCACCGAUGGACCUCGCAGAAUCGAUCGGUCCAGCAGCCUGGAAGAUUAUCGCCGUGUGCCGUCCAUUCCCGACGUCGAUCGCGGAGUGUCCAGCUUUCUCACGAGGUCGACGCCGGAAACGGAAUCGGCGACGACGACGACGACGACGACCGAGGACGCCUGUUCCGAAAGUUCCGAAGUGGAUUGGUCGUGGCUGGAGGAAGUGGAGUGUCUGCGAGACGCGCCCGCCGAAGUCGAACGUGGCGAGCAAGGAGGAGGGGGAGGCGCUUCCCCCACCAGCGCGGGGCGCAGGCGCGAGCGUCGAGAGGCCGCGUCUCGCAGUGUUGCGAUGUCCGUCACCGCGGCGGCAAAGUCUCUGUCUGUCGGUGGUUCGCGUUGGUCACCGUCCGGCGGCGCGCUACUCUUCGAUCGUCAAAACAACAGCGGCAGCGUCAACCGUUACAACGGCGGUCACCGUCGCCGGCUUCAAAGCGGCGGCGAUAACAAUAACGACGAUGACAACAACGACGACGACGAGGACGACGUCGCCGCCACGCGCUGCAACGCUACGAACGAAGCGGUCGAUCGCGAAAAUCGCGACAGUGCGACGACAACGACAAGCGGUGUCGUCGGUGCCGCCGUCGCGAAUUCGUGGAUGCGCGCAUCGAUGCGGCGUCUGCGUCACCUGCGACUGCCGGACGGCGCGCAACGCGCCGCCGGUAACGAAUCGGCGGCCAAUCGGCGCGCGGCCGUCUCCGCGCCAAAUUCGUUGCCGGAUAUCGCGCUGAUCGCACCGGAGAUCCUCGCGGCGCACACCAACGGCACUUCCGGAACGCUGCUGCGACCUUCGAGCGCGCCCGCGAGGAACGCGACGCCGCGCCGAGCCGGCCACCGGCAACCCGCCGCCGCUGGCAGAUCGCGGGGCUCGCGGGAGACGUCCUCGAGGCAGGGCAGCCUCGGCUCCACCACGACCGCCAGCGACACCAUCGCGUCCGGCACGACUACCUGCUCCAGCUCGUUCGGCGCCACUUCCAGCCCGCCUUCCAGCACGGCGACCAGCCCGCAGCACGCCACUUCGAGACGGAUAUGCGAAAGACAAAGAGACGUCGAUAGGCACAACGAUAGAGGCGAGGAUGACGAUGAGGAUGAGAAUCCAUUGGGAAGGUGGCCUCAUGCCCUCAGCCCGGCGCUCGCCUGUCUCGGCUGUACUCUGGGACUUUUUAAUAUCAGUAGAUUCGCCAUUCUUAGUAUACAGUUUGGAGCAAACUUCAUUGUACAGUUCCUGAUUUUAUCUCUCAUACUGGGCAUCCCGUUAUUAACGUUGCACGUGUGCCUCGGACAAAGACUGGCGGCUGGUUCUGUGGAUAUGUGGAGGAUUUCGCCGCUUUUUCAAGGUGUCGGAAUAGCCCUGCUCACCGCGCAGGCUUUCAUCGGUAUCUACAGUAUAGUCGGUGUAUCGUGGAUGUUUGUGUACUUCAGAGAUUCGUUCAUAACGAAGCAGGAUAAGUAUCGAUGGGCGGAGCCGUUUCUUCUCUAUCGGGACGACAACCGUCCCGCGCACAACACUACCGCGUCGUACAAAUUGCACGAAACCGUUCCGGAUUACUUCAGCGGCGCCGUGUUGCAGAGGCAUCAUUUGAACGAUGUCGAUCCGGGCGUGGUUACGCUGAAGUUCCAGGUGGCCUUCAAUUUGGCCGUCGUAUGGAUGAUCGUGUUCGUUUCACUGAGCAAAGGCCUGAGGUCCUACGGGAAAGUGGUGUACGUGUUCACACUGGUGCCCGUGGUUGGCACGUUGGUCCUCUGCGCGAAGCUUCUGGGGCUGAACGCGACCGGCUCGAUACAGCACCAGCUCUUUCCCGCCACCGUCUGGAGCGAGUUCUUCAUCAACGGGAAAUCGUGGGUGGCCGCCUCGAACGAGGUUUUCCUCACGUGGGGUUUACUCGGUGCGGCGGCUAUGCAGAUAGCGGCUCAUAACAAGCACAAGCACCUCCUGCAGCGAGACACGAGCCUCGUGGUGGUCCUCACCUUCGCCGUUCUCCUCCUCGCGGCCUUUCUCGCGAACACAUGCGUGCAGAUCCUCAGACAUCACGGCUACAUCUACACCACCAGCUCGUUCGAGAGGAUAUCAGGGUAUACGUUUAUGAGACUCGCCAAUCAACCGACACCGCCGGGAUACGGCAGUACGCCGGAGAGAUUCAUGUCCCACGCGUCCUUCCUCCUCGGGCAACGCGUGAUCCGGCCUAACGCCGACACGAGCGUCGAGUCGGGAUACCAAGUAUUGAGACUGUGCACUGAACUGGUGCCUGCGACCUUGGCGUUGCUGGGCACCGAACAGGUGUCGCCAUUCUGGGCGGUACUGUUUUACUUCAUCAUUAUCUUAUUUGGAAUCGCACAGCAGCUGGCGAUCUGGCAUUGCGUAAUAACCGGCAUAAUGGCGAUCAAUACGAAGAUGAUGAAGCUCUGGGAGACGACCAUUACGUUCUUCAGCUGCGCCUGUGCCUACAUACUCGGAUUGCCUAUGGCCACGGAGCUGGGCAUUUACGUCGUGUAUUAUCUCGAUUACACUGUCGGCGGGGCAUGGUGGAUAGUCGUUUUAUAUUUGAUACAAAUCGCCGCGGUAUUCGCGGUCCGCGGACGUCCGCACACCGGAGAGGCGGUCGUCGCUGAACUAUUCCCACCGACAGGGCGAUGCCUGAGAUACUGGGCCGGACCUCUGUUAUCUUUCACCUGGAACGUCAUUCUCCCGGUGACUUUACUGGUCCUCUCUAUCACGAUAUUCAAGAGCAGCGGCUUCCGAGAACUCUACUCCUCCCGUCGUCUGCACAAAGAUUACUGGGCGUUGUGGGCGAAGCAACUUGGCGCUGCGAUUCAGCUGAUACCGAUAAUGACGAUAUUAGCAGUGGGUAUCAUACAGACGUGUCGAUACUUGAACAGAGAACCAGCCGACAUAUUCGACAACGAACAGGUGGAGGUAACGGUAAAUCACUGCGAACAAUGUAACGGCAGGAUCCAGCUGCUGUACCGGCCGCCGCUGGAGCCGGAGGACGCCCGGGACGCGCACACGCAGCUCGACACCGGCACCAGCCUGCACGGCAACGGGAUCUUGCCGGCUGCGACGACGACGGAGAUACCGUUCGAGGACCCGCCGCCCAAGUACACACCACCCCCUAGCUACACGACGGCGACCGGCGCGAGGAUCGCGAAGAUGCUGCGCCAGAGUUUCCGGCGCAGCGUGCGCAGGAUCGCGAACGUCCUGGGCGAGACGAGCAGCGUGGUGACGGCGGCGAGGAGGCCGGCCUUGCAGCCGCCGCCGCCGGAUUACGCGACCGUGCUGGUCGAGAUGAACCAGCAGAGUGGCGGCAGCGACGGCGGGGCUGGGCCGCACGACGUCCACCUGACCGAGCCGCGGCCGGACGUUACCAACACCGGGAACUGCGGUAGCGACGCACCGCCGGCGGCGAUGCUCGAUUGGCGGCACCGGCCGAACACCAUCGACCGCACCACCAGCAGGAUCCCGAUGGUGGAGAGACACGCGAUCGAGCGCACCCACUCGACCCUCGAGCGCAGACCGCCGUACGCGGGCGCGCCCGGCUCGAACCUGCUGACCGCCGCCGACGUGGCGAGCCUGCUGCGCAGCAGCAUCCGCAGGGGCGCUGUGCUGCGCACCACCCAGCACUCACUGCGGCGCAGCUUCUGCCACGAGGCGCCGCCCACCGCGGCGUCCGUCGAGAAUCUAGUCGAGGCCGCCGCACCCAUCGGCGAGGACUCCCUCGUCCUGACGAAGGACGCGUCUCUAGUCUCCGGCGAUCGCCGCAACGACGACGGCAACGACGACGGAGGCGAGAAAAAGACUGCGGGCGAAAUGGAGAACUCCGUUUCUGUGAUAUAGUAGACUGGCGUCACGAUCGCAUGGAACGUGUCGCCGCCACCAGGGUGUCGCGCGCCUCGACCUUAUCAGUCGAAUCGAAUUCGCCGGUGGACCGCGGCGUAAGUCGGAUUCCAAACUCGUCGUCUCCGUGUGCGGUGUCGGCCCGCAAUAGCUAUUUUCAAGCAUCGGGAAAUCGACCGAUCACGAUCGAAUUAUAGGAGAAUAAUCAAUGGUGAUUGGUUAAUUUUUUACGCUUAAAAUACGCUUAUUGUGGAUCGACACUGCGUCAAUCAACGAGAAAAAAGAGAAGAAGGGGAGAGAAUUUCGUCGACUCGGACUGUCUCCCCGGAGAGACUGACCGGAUACCGGAUGCGACCCGACAGCCUCCAGUGCUUUUGGUAACCCUCGAGAUUAAGAGACCGAUG